GCACCGCCCUUAGAAUACUUCGGACCUCCGAUUAAGGGACACCUCGGCAGAAUGCGUCGCUUUACCUGCAUGAUACUGGCGCUGGUUUUGGCAGGGAUUUGUGGAAUACAGAUUAUACAGAGUUUAAAGAUGGAUGAUUUGAAGCAGGACAUGGAAAACAGAGAGCUGUGGACAGAACUGAGAAAGGAUCAUGUCAUGAACCUAAUGAGAAAUUAUCACGCUGACGCACAAGGAUGGACUAACGAAUAUGGGACGAAUUAUGAGAAACGCGCGAACGUCAAGAAAUGGUGGUGGCUGCUGUACAGCAAUGGCAAUAGACAAAAGCAGCAGAAGUGGAAGAAAGGUCCCGCGUCACUAGUUUGCUAUUUCAAAGUUUGCGCAGUGCCAGCUGUUUAAUUGCAAGAUUUGAGAUUUAUGAUAAUUUAAAUUUAAGUAAAUAAUAAAUUAAAAAACCUGUUUUC